AUGCGCCAUUGGGAAUUGAUGCGCGGUUAUCCCGAAAUAGAAAAGGAAACUCCUGAAGCCAUUGAGGAUUUGAUGGAAACCAUCAGCGUAAAUCUCAAAGCGCUCGAAAGAUUAGGACAGUCGAUUAAAAUACCACAAUCCAUCGAUACUGAGUUAUGUUUGCAAAAAACUCGCUUCGGUUGGGUUAUCGGGGGGAGCCCAUCCACGCAAUCGGGCACACAUUCGUUUCACAUUACCACAGCCGAUCUACAAACGGAUCUCUCGCGAUUCUGGGAAAUCGACGAGGGACCAUCCACUACACAUUUAUCAGAAUCGGAAUUACAGUGCGAAGAACAUUUCCGUAACCAUGUCCGACGCAACAAGGAAGGGCGAUAUAUCGUCGCCCUGCCCUUCAACGAGAAGCUUCCCACACUUGGGACAUCAAAGUCCGUUGCAAUGAGUAGACUCGCCGCUCUUUCUCGCCGGUUCCAACGCGAUAAGCAAUUCGAAGCCGCAUACAACACGGUGAUCCAAGAAUAUUUAGACUUAGGUCAUAUGACCAAGAUUCCGCACACUCAGCCCUCAAAUAAUGGUUACUAUUUGCCGCAUCAUGGCGUGAUAAAGGAAUCGAGCAACACCACUAAACUCCGGGUAGUGUUCGAUGGAUCAGCAGUCAGCACCACCGGAGUUUCUCUCAACGACACUCUGCAUACCGGACCCAAACUCCAAGAAGAUCUGGUUGAAAUUCUGCUGAGAUUCCGAUCACACCAGUAUGUCCUAACGGGUGACAUCGAGAAGAUGUAUCGACAAAUUCUCGUACGCCCAGACGAUCGUAAAUAUCAGCUGAUUCUAUGGCGCAAUUCCAACGGGGAAAUCGAUACUUAUCAGCUCAACACCGUGACCUUCGGACUAUCAGCUGCCCCAUAUUUAGCACUCCGCUGCCUGAAACAACUAGCAGAAGACGAAGGAGAUCGAUUUCCGCGAGCGUCAUCGGUUGUACAGCGUGAUUUCUAUGUCGACGACGCCCUCACCGGGGCCGAUACAAAGGAAGAGUUAACAGCGGUACGACACGAACUCACGGACCUUCUCAGAUCGGGCGGCUUAAACAUCCGUGAAUGGGAAUCUAACGAUAAGGACAUACUGCGUGGACUAUCCGAGAAAGAUACAAAUCGAACACUACAAUUGGGUGAGUCACAGACAUUGAAAACUCUAGGUAUCUAUUGGAAUUCCCAGGAUGACACAAUACUAUACUCAGUUGCACCCACAGCGACCAUCACCCGUGUCACAAAGCGAUCAAUAAGUUCGGUGAUAGCCCGAAUUUAUGAUCCACUAGGAUUGCUCGCGCCAGUGAUUGUCAGAGCCAAAAUAUUGCUUCAACGCGUCUGGGCAUUAAAACUAGACUGGGAUGAAUCCUUGCCAUCCGAGUUGCAUACAGAAUGGGACCGAUACUAUACCCAACUACCCUUGCUUAGUGAUACUCGAUUUCCUCGCAAAACGGUGGUCAAGGCAGCUACUCAGAUAGAACUACACGGUUUUUGCGACGCCAGUGAAAAGGCAUACGGGGCAUGUAUAUAUCUGCGCAGUCGCAGCUCGGAUGGACGUAUCGAAACCCAAUUACUCACCGCGCGAUCAAAGGUCGCGCCGCUAAAAUCCCUGACAAUCCCAAGACUCGAAUUAAGCGGAGCAUUGCUCCUCACCUCGCUAAUGUCCAUGGUAAAGACUUCCCUCACUAUAGACGUUUCUCGAAUAGUUUAUUGGACAGAUUCGACUAUCGUACUCCAGUGGAUCAAGUCCUCGCCACAUACAUUAAAAACAUUCGUAGCGAACCGCGUGGCCGAGAUCCAAGCGAAAACCAACAUCGCCGAUUGGCGGCAUGUGCCUACGGAUGACAACCCAGCGGAUCUGAUCUCCCGAGGGCAGGCUCCCAAGGAAUUCCUGCGUCCAAACAUCUGGAAACACGGACCCGAAUGGCUCAAGCAGCAGCCGGAGAACUGGCCGAUCUGGAUCCUUACACCGUCGGGGGACAUCCCGGAACAGAAAAAAACGAUCUGUCUAACGACGAAUAACAACGAUAACCCCCUCCUCCACCGAUACUCGUCCUGGACCAGACUAAUCAGAGUCGUCGCUUGGUGUCUUCGAUGGAAACAUAAACAACACCUAGCAGCCCAUCUAACAACAGACGAAUUAACCAGGGCUCACAACAGGGUGAUCAAAAUCAUACAAUCCGGUCAUUUUGCGACGGAAAUUCGGACACUACAGAAAGAUCGAAGCAGGGACGUUGGAGGAAAACUACAGCCAUUAAAUCCCUUCCUCGACGAAGAUGGGAUAUUACGAGUCGGAGGACGACUAACCAACUCUUCUAUACCCUUCAAUCAAAAACACCCCAUUAUAUUGCCCAAAGCAUCUGUUACAGAGCUCAUCAUAGACCAGGAGCAUCGGAAAAACCACCACACCGGGACACAAGCUACCCUGUACGCGGUAAGAUUGCGCUAUUGGCCGAUCGACGGUCGUAGCCAAGUGUGGCGUACCAUUAAAAGGUGCGUCCGCUGCUGCAGACCCAACCCGCCGCCAGUGGAAUAUUUGAUGGGUGAUUUGCCAGAGGCGCGCAUUGCCGAAUCGCGUCCGUUUACGAACGUCGGAAUCGACUACUGCGGCCCAUUCUACAUCAAGGAGAGGAGGGAUCGCAACCGACGUAAAAUAAAAAUAUACGCUGCCAUAUUCGUUUGUCUAGCAACCAAGGCGGUCCACAUAGAGCUAGUCAGCGAUCUAACCACCGACGCUUUCCUAGCCGCCUUACGUCGAUUCAUUUCGAGGCGAGGACAUUGCGCAACCAUCCUUACCGACAAUGGCACCAAUUUCGUCGGGGCCAACCGGGAGCUGCAAGAACUCCGGACCCUAUUGCAGUCUGACGACCACAAGGAGAGGAACAGUUCCAUCAGGGCGGCUAUCAAGUUGGCAGCGCAUCCACCAGAUCAAACAGCAGUUCUGGAGCAGAUGGCAUCGAGAGUACCUCAACGAGCUAACCCGCCGCAAUAA